CGCCCCUGCAGGCGAAGAUGGGAAACACACCCUCCUCGCACAGUUACCUUGGUGCUGAAAUAAACAUUUAAAGCGACCUCUACCGGUCACACCCACACGGAGGAGCCCCUCCCUCUUUUUGGCUUCGAGGCCGAUUCACCGGCUGUUUACAGGUCAGGAGCGGAGCUCAGAAGCAGUGUCGACAGAGGAAGCCGCUUACACCAUGGUGACCAUCUCCAUUCUGACGGUGGAAAGCCCGUCCUGCCUCUGGGGUCGGGUUGUUCAGGAUCCCGGCAGUGACACAGAGACCACGCACCAGUACGACCGACUGCUGGCUCAGAUGAACCUCUUCUACCACGACGUGACUCGGGACCUGCGCCAGCUGAAGCCCGAGUCGUUUGAGGAGGGACAGGUGUGUGUGGUGUACUGGUCGGUGAUGAAGUCCUGGUGUCGGGCCGUGGUGGAGUCGGUCGUGAUGGAUUCGGUGUCCUCUCAGGCUCGCUGCCUCCUGGUGGACCAAGGAGAGCGGCUUAUCGUCCCCUCAGACCAGAUCCGAAUCGCUUUGCCGACCUUCCUCCAGCUGCCCUUCUGGGUGAAGAGGUUCCACCUGGCGGGAAUCAAUCCAACAACCCUGCGGGUGUCCGUCUAUGAGGAGAAGGCCGGGCUCAUUGCGUCCCCUCAGUGGGACAGCUCUGCCACGCUCUACCUGCACAACCUGCUGCAAGCGUCGACUAUGACAGAAGCUGUGUUGCUCGGAUCAGAGUCCGACUCCACCUCCGUUGAACUCUACCUGACUGUAGGGAAUGUCAAGAUCUGUGUGAACGACGAUCUGGUGGCCAAGAAGUUUGCGUAUUACAGCGGGGUUCUGAACGAAGUGGACCAGCUUCCCAUCAUGUUGUCAUCAAGCAUCUUGAACCAAAGCGUCUGCUGGAACUCAAACAAGCCAGAAACCUCCCAACCUGCCGCUCUUUCUCCGGCCUUUGAUUGUGGAGCCGGAGCUCGGCCUACGGCUCCCCCCCCCACGCCUCAGAAACCACAACAUGAGCCACAGACCUCUGAGGGAGGUACCGGGUCAAAGGUCACGGCUCAGCAGGACGGCUUGGCAGAUGCUGAGAGCGACUCGUCUCUGGCUGCGUCUCUCACCAGAAAUCUCCACCUGUUCAGGUUCACAAAGUUCCUGAAUCCCGGCAGCGUCGACCAGCAGGCGUCUCCCGCUGUCGGUCUGCACCAAGAGCCCCAAGAGACGGACGCAGCCUCCAGCAGCUGCACAGGACAGGACGCCGAGCCUGCAACCCGCCACAAGCGAGCGUGGCAGAGUGCGAGAACGAGUGAAGCUGAAGGUGAGAUCUGUAAGGUUGGAUGUCUGGCAGAUGGAGAAAUGAGCGGCUCGUGGAGGAACGAAGAGGCGGGGGCCCGUUCAUGCCUUUUGGAGUGGUUGAACCCGCAGCCCCUGAACGCCGACCCGGAGGCAGCAGACGACGUGCCUCCCGACGGUGCUCCGGUCGCUCCCCGAGGCCCCAGUGGGGCUCUGGUGCACUCCGCCCUCCCAGUGGAGCCCUGCAGCGGCCUGGACGACGCCCCCAUCACCGACGCGCUCCGCUGGGCGAUGAAGAGGAAGCAGUACAGCACCUUGUCUCCAGCCGACCGUUACAGCUGGCCAGCUGUGGCCCGAGGACGCAACACCGCCAUCAUCUGCCACAACGCCGACCAGCCUCUGGCCUACAUGGCCCCGCUCCUCACCCACGUCCUGCUCAACUCCAUCUUCUCCUCCCUCACCUCCAGCACGGGGCCCAUAGUGGUGCUGCUGUGUCGAGGCUGGGAGAAGGCUCAGGCGGUGUACGACCUGCUGGACGAGGUGAAGGUGGCCCCCGUCCUCCACCCGGUCAUCUUGCUGCUUGGUGUCGGCAAAGACGAGGCCAAAGCUGUCAAGAUCCCCAAGAACUGCCUGCUGUUAGUGACCACUCCCUUCAGUCUGGUCCGUCUGCUGUCCAGCCACUGCUUCCUGUUCCUGCGUCUCUACCACCUCGUGCUGGAUGAGGCCGAUUGUCUCUUCGCCGUCGCCCCGGAUCAGAUGGCGACUGUUUUGCAGCAUUUCCAGAAGGUGACCUCCAGCGAGGAGAAGGCUUCCUGUCCUCGGCAGCUCGUCGCCGUGGCGAAAAGAUGGACCAGUCACAUGGAGGGUUUGGUAGCCAAUCACAUGCCUUACCCUUGCAUUGUCAUGACUGUCCCUGAGGAAGCUGCUCUUUAUGGUAACGUUCAGCAGGUCAUCCUCAUGACUCUGGAGAGCAGCAAGAUCUCAGUGCUGUUGGGUGCGUUGGAUUUCAACCCCGUCGUCGGCCAGAAGACUCUGAUUGUAGCCAACUCUGCUGAGGAGGUUGAAGAAGUGUUCAAGGCUGUGAGCAACAAAUCUGCAUUCUGCCUCAAGACCCACGAGGGGUCAACGCACCAGUUUGACUUCGUCAUGGAGCAGUGGAGGAAAGACGUCGGCCCCGGCACGCAAGUCAUUCUGGUGACCACCAGCCGGUGUCUGAAGUCGCUUGGAGUCAGAGACGCGUCGUGCGUCGUCCACUACGGCUUCCCCGCCUCUCCCACACUGUUCGGCGCCCGGCUGUCCUGUUUGACCCAGAACUUCAGGAACCUCUGUGAACGCGGUUCCUCCGAGGACCAGCCUCGCCUCACCAGGUCGGUGCUGCUGAUCUCUGAGAGGAACGCCGAUCACAUGGUCGGAGUCGUGCGCUACCUGGAGCGGACCGACGCCCCGCUCCCCCCCGAGCUGCUGUCCUUCGCUCGGGGGGUCCACGUGGCCCGGGAGGACCAGAAGGCCGACAGGCCUCUCUGCAGCUACCUCAAGAGCUUCGGAGUCUGCAGAGACGGCAGCGUGUGUCCCAACCGUCACAAAUUCAUCCCCAAGCUGGACGAGACGCUGCUUCCUGCCUCAGGACUCAUAGAGGUCGUGCCCCUCCACGUCAAGACGGCCUCGGUGUUCUACGGCCGCCUGGUGGAGGAGGGCGGAGGCUUCCAGAGCCUGACGGCAGAGAUGUCGGCUUUCUACGCCGACAGGAGACCCGGAGCGGAGGAGGUGCUGCAGGGCGGCCUGUACGCCGUGCAGGAGGACGAAGCCUUCCACAGGGUGGAGGUCCUGUCCCCCCCCCUCAGAGGCGACCGGCUGUUCUUUGCCGUCUUUGUUCGGUUCAUCGAUGUGGGCCACGAGAAGGAGGUCAAAUCCCAUCAGGUCCUCCAGCUCCCGGAGCGGUUCUGCUCUCUGCCCGGCCAGGCCGUGGAGAUGGUGGUCUGCCGGGUCAAACCCAGCGACGCCGAGAUCGACUGGCACCCCAAGGUCACCAGAGCGAUCAGCCAGAAGAUCCGAGGCCUGCAGCACCGAGCCAGAGCCGUGUUCAGUGUGGGAAACACGGUGUUCGUUGAUCCCAUGGUGCGUCUGACUCAGGUUCCAGGUAUGAAAACUGUGAUCAAUGAAUACAGCGUUCAGGCGGAGAUCCUGAGCACCGGGAUGGGAGUCACCAACCAGGAGCACCUGGACCUGCUGCGGGCGCUCCGCCGGGACGCCGCUCACGCGUCUGAGUCGGGGGACGCAACGCCGUCUCUGGAGCUCGGGAUCAAGGACGAGGGGGCGGUUCUGGACGAGGUCGGCCCCCUCGCUGACCUUCCUCCUCUGGAGCCGGUCCCGGUGUGUGGUCAGACCCCCCCGCUGGACCGCCGGGCCGCCGCCGGGCAGAGGAGCCUCCAGGCGGCGGAUCUGAAGUCAGCUGAUCAGACCACGAGGAUCCAAGAUGGAGAACUUUCUGCUGCUCGUAUCGGAAAAGGUGAAGAUCAAAGCAACGGCAUCAACGAGGAAGACUGUGGUGAUCCCCCCAAAAUAUUCCACCCCCCGGCCCGCUGGUACCAGACGCCCGGCUGUGCCGUCAUCACAGUGAAGCUGAGGAACCCGGAGGACCAGCGCUGUGAAUUCUACCCCAACCGGGUGGUCUACAGCGGCAGAGCAGCGGGUCGGACCUACAGAGCCGAGCUGCAGCUUCACGGCGACGUCGCUGCUGACCGCUGCUGCUGGGAGAUGAAGUCCAACGAGCCGGUCCUCCGACUGGUCAAACAGCAGCCGGGACACUGGGAGCGACUCCUGAGGAGCAAGAACAUUUUUGUGAGCUACGACACGGAUCACAUCGAGGAGGACGAAGACAGAGCCCCGAACGGCCCGUGCUUCGUCGAGGACACUGGAAAGGACAACUGGUACGUCAACUCUGAAAGCGGCAGUGAGAGCGACUGAAGAUGAGGCCCCCCCC